AUGCACCAACUCGCAAAAACUUCGUUCAUGCUUGCAGAGAGUGCCCACAAUCAUGAUUAUUAUGCCUUGUCGCAAUCAAAUAUUAUGGCACAGGCUGGAGUGAAGAGGAUGAUGAUAGGAGACGUCUCGGUCGUUCUAGUUCCAACGCAAGCAAACGGGAUGGUGCUGACCUUUAUACGCAACCUCCUCGACCACGGGUACAACUUGGUGGACACGUUGGUUCGCAAGAGUUUGCACAUGGCCGUCCGGGCCACGGAGGACGAGCGGCUGCGGGCAAUCGUCACCAACAUCAGCAGAGCUGCCGCCCACACGAUCAUGGAGUCUCCAGCGUUUGCCAGCUUUGCAGCGCAAAAUGCCUUUCGAUUUUCCUCAGCGACGUGGCUCUUCUACGUGGACUUGCCCAUGACCACGAGCCUCCGAAUCGGUCGCUACCUGCGUGGGCGCCUGAUGCGACUCGUGGACGACGGCGACGUCGAGAUGGGAGGACUCGACGACGUGGAGAGCCAAAAGGGAGCCGCCAUCUCAUCAUCGUCGCCUUUUUCGGAAGCUGCUUCCUACCAGGACCGCACAGCUACAUGGCCCACGACUCACGACGUGGCGGCAACACCGCAAAAGAACAAGAGAAAACGUGGUCGAAAGGACGUCGUCGACGAUGCGCAACUACCCCGAAAGCGGAUCGACGUGAAAGCAGAACCCGUCCAAGACGUGAAAGCAGAACCCAUCCAAGACGCCCAAGCAAGCCUCGCUGGCACCUACAGCGCAAUCGAGGAGGAAGAGAUGGGGAGCGAGACAAAAGCAGGAUCGAAGAGUGAGGUAUUGUAUCGAUGCACCGGCAUCUGCAACGACGGCCAAAAGUGUAAGCGGUGGAGCAAGCACGCCGCCGGCGAACCCUUGGUGUGGCACUGCAGCCCUAAGCACAAGGAGCAGUGGGACACGAGCGUCAAGAUCCUCUCGGGUGGCGACGUGGCUUGA